AUGUCGACAAACAAGGUCGUGCCACCAGCCCAUGUCAUCCCGGCGAACGCUGCCGCUGCCGCAUUGAACAGAUCUUCCCUUCCCGCGGAGUCGUCGCCCACGGUUUGGGACCGCAUUUCCACGUGGGCUUCCGAGAAUAAAGCGCUCUUGUACACCAUUGCGGGGGUUUCCGUAGUCGUCACGAGCGCUGGCGUAGUCUAUUAUUUAACAUCAGACUCCGGCCGAUCUACCGGUUCGACGCAGCCCACGGAGAAGAAGAAGAGCAAAAAGGAGAGGCGGCGUGAGAAAAAGAAGGCGGAAGAGGAGAAAAAGGCUGAGGUUACCCCUCCGUCUAACGCUACCCAGAAGAAGCCAGAGGAAGCGCUGGAAAUACCGGAAUUCGAUGAAUCUACCAUUGAUAGUCUGUCAGCUGAGGUCCGUGCCUCAUACGCUGCAAAGCUGAAAGCCGCCGGAAACAGAGCCUUUGGAUCUCUUGAUUACAACCGAGCGAUUGAACUCUACGGGAAAGCUAUCCUUUGCAAACCUGAUCCCGUAUACUACUCGAACCGUGCUGCCUGUUAUAAUGCGCUCAGUGAAUGGGACAAGGUGGUGGAGGACACUUCUGCCGCUCUCUCUAUGGAUGAUGAAUAUGUAAAAGCUAUGAACCGACGAGCAAACGCAUACGAGAAGCUAGGGAAGUUCAGUGAAGCUCUGCUGGAUUACACCGCCAGCUGCAUUAUCGAUGGAUUCGCUAAGGAAUCUAGCAAGCAGGCUGUGGAGAGGCUGUUGAAGAAAGUUGCGGAACAAAAGGGGCAUGCCAUCCUGGAAGCGAAGGGGAAGAAACUCCCCAGCGCUACAUUCGUGUCCAAUUACCUUCAGAGCUUCCGCCUAAGGCCCCUACCAGACGGUCUGGGUGAGGAUGUCGAAUUGGACGAGGAGAGCAGUAAAGGACAGCUCCGUAAGGGCCUGCUUGCCAUGUCCAAGCCAACAAGUGAUGGUUAUGAAGAGGCUGCGAGAGCUUUUGAGAAAGCACUUGAGUUAGGAGACCUAGGCGAGUUUGAAGCCCUUGCGCUGAACAUGCGUGCUACAUUCACGUACUUGGCUGGCGAUGCGCAAGCAGCCCUACAAGAUUUGAACAAGAGUGUCGAACUUAGUCCAUCGUUAGUUCAGAGUUACAUCAAACGGGCGAGCCUACAUCUUGAGCUUGGCAACCGAGAAGCUGCCGCAGAUGAUUUCGACCUCGCCGUAGCCCAGAACAAAGACGACCCGGACAUCUACUACCAUCGCGCCCAGCUGCACUUCAUCCUUGUUGAUCCCGAAUGCGACAUCGCCGUCGCCACACUCGCCCAACUCCUUCUGCAGCAAGGCAAAGUAUCCCAGGCGCUGAAAUACUUCGAGCGAGCCGGCGAGCUAGCCCGAACAGAGGCAGAAGUCAUUAACGCCGUGUCAUACGCUGAAGCCACCCGUGCACAACUGGAGGUGCAGGAGAGAUAUCCUAAGCUUGCGGCGCGACUGCAGCAGGUGGCUGGCGCGGCUGCGAUGGGGGUGCCUCCGUCGUAA